AACCAAAGAAGAAGAACGCACUUGCUGCGUGCGACCCGACGACGUUCAUUAAAAUCUGCCAUUGUUGUUGUGGGUUAAAAUGUGCAUUCCGUUCUUUAUUCGUGAAAACGUGUCCGUGUCAACAUUAAAAGUGUAGCAAAACGAGGUUUCGUAAACAAAGGAGACGGUAAAAUACAUUGUAUUGUGACUUAUUUAACGUUAGCUGUACGCCAGGCUAACGUCAACAGAAUCUUACGUAAUUUUUUUAAAUCAUUUAAAAGAAGGAUUGUAAAUAUUCAUAUAAAAUAUGACGGAGUGUAAAGAGAAAGCUUUGAGUUUAAAGUCUGAUGUGGGUACAGUAGCUGUCAGGAACCCCGUGGAUGAGGAGAAGAAGAAGAUAAAGAGGAAAAUUUUGGAUGAAGAUCAAUAUAUAGAGAAUUUGGAGCAGAUCAUUCAGAGGGACUUUUUCCCAGAUGUCUCUAAACUUCAAGCACAGAAGGAUUAUCUGGAAGCAGAGGAAAAUGGAGAUCUGGAGCGAAUGAGAGAGAUAGCCAUCAAAUAUGGGUCUGCGAUGGCUAAAUACACCCCACGCACCUAUGUGCCACAUGUUACGCCUUCAACAUUUGAGACCCCUGAUGCUCACAGUGCAUCUCCCUCAUGCAAACACAGAGGAGCGAGAGCCGAUGAGGAUGGAAAAGAUGGUGGAAAGGUACAGGAGAAGGAACUUCCAUCCCUGGAUCGUUUUCUUGCCAAAAACACGAGUGAGGAUAACGCCUCCUUUGAGCAGAUAAUGGAGCUGGCAGAAGACAAGAACAAACUGAGACAUGCAUGGCUGUAUGAGGCAGAGGAUGAAUUCAAAGAGAGACAUGAGAAGAACCUCGCUCUUCCAUCCACAGAGCAGCAGGCGCUUGAAUGCACAAAAGCCGGCUUGGAAACAUGGCAGUAUAAGGCCAAAAACGCGCUAAUGUACUACCCAGAAGGCGAAAGGGACGACACGCUUUUCAAAAAGCCACGUGAAGUUCUGUACAAAAACACAAGGUUUGAUGGUGACCCCUUUUGUAAAGCCCUGAACAAAUCUCAGCUCCAGCAAGCUGCCGCUCUUAAUGCACAGUUUAAACAAGGCAAGGUUGGUCCAGACGGCAAAGAGCUCCUUCCUCACGAACCGGCCAAAGUAAACGGAUAUGGAUACGAGCGAGAACCCUCCCCUGCUCCUGGUGUCGCGGAGUCACCUUUGAUGACGUGGGGUGAAAUUGAAAGCACCCCUUUUCGUCUAGAUGGUUCAGAUACACCUCUUGUGGAGAGAGGUCACGGUCCUUCGUUCAAGAUUCCAGAGCCUGGGAGAAGAGAGCGUUUGGGAUUGAAAAUGGCCAAUGAGGCUGCAGCAAAAAACAGGGCAAAGAAGCAGGAAGCCUUGCGCAAAGCCACAGAGAAUCUUGCAAGCCUCACUCCAAAGGGACUCAGCCCAGCAGCGUUGUCUCCUGCCCUGCAGCGGCUUGUAAACAGGUCAUCCAGCAAAUACACAGAUAAAGCCCUCAGGGCGAGCUACACCCCAUCUCCAUCACACCUCGGCUCCAAGACUCCGCUCGGAGGGCCGGCCACACCCUCCGGCACACCGACGCCCAGUAAAUCCAGAACACCGGCGACCCAGGACCCAGCUUCCAUUACGGAUAAUCUUUUACUACUCCCCAAACGGAAGAAAGCUGUGGAUUAUUUCUGAAGCAACACAAGCGUAGACUUUACAAGACUGAAAUGGAUAGCGUGAAAUAUUUGUUGCUUGUAUUUAAGCUGUGGACCUUGAUUUGUUUAAUUUUGAAUGGGAAAUGUGUACAGUUAAACGUGUACAGUUUUUACAAAUAUUUUAGUUUUUUUGUAAAUACAAAACAGGCUUUUAAGACUUUACUUUCCAUCGAGAAUGCUCCAGAGUUUUGUUUUAGUUGAAUACAUCUGAAUAUCAGAUCUUUACUUUUUAUGAACUGUUGUAAAAGAUGAAACAUUUGAGUCUUUGCUUUUUCUUGAAUUUCACACAUCUUGAAAUUGACAAUAUUUCACAUUAAAGAGCAUUUAGAACAUUGUGCUUGAUAUUUCAGAA